ACGACGAAUCCGGAAACAGAGCAGUCUGUUGUCAGUUAGGAUUUUUAAAGCGCUGCGGCGCGCGUUGCUAAGGAACGGACCGUGGCGCAUCACUGAUCGAUUAAUUCGGUGAAUGUCGAUCGAUUAUCGGCGAAUGAUCGUGUUUGUCGGUGAAUGAUGAUGUCUGGGAGUGAAGAGCAGAGUUUGUCUCCGGAUGAGAUGCGACAGAAGCUCUAUCAGACCUUCAGGAGCCGCGGGCUUCUGGACGCGCUGAAGACGCAGCUGAGGAAUCAGCUGAUCCAGGAGCUGCAUCCGGCGGCGGUGCGGAGAGGAGACGCUCACUCUGUGUUAGUCACCGCAUGCAACAGCGUCAUCGUCCAUCACCUGCGGAGCGUCGGCUGCGACUACACGCUGUCUGUCUUCCUCCCCGAAUGCGGAAUGAGCAAAGACCAGGUUUUAUCAGCCAGAGAGCUUCUGCAGCUCACGAAGAUCAGCCCUCACACGCCGUUAUACAAAUCUCUGGUAUCGAAUAUUCAGAAGGGACAGACAGGUUUCCUGAUGAGUCUCUUCACAGAGCUCACUGAACAUCACGUUUACAGAGACUGCUGCGAUGCUUCCACCCAAUCCACCUCCAUAUCAGCGCAUAGAGAAUCACUCGUUGAGAAGCUGCAGCUGAUUGACGAGGAGUAUGAAGUGCUUCGGCACAGAGGUGACCGCUGGGCAUCAGUGGAGGCCAAGCUUGCGGAGUACAGGAAGGAGAUACAGGAGCAAGCGCAGGUGGAGCUCAAAGCAAAGCUGCAGCACUUCAUGGAGGUGGAGGUCGCAAAGGUGAAGAGAGACGAGAAGGAGGCCUCGCGGAGAGAAAUCCUGGAGCUGCGGCGAGACAUGGAGAGAACGUUUGAGCUGAAGUCUGAGGCUCUGAUGAGCCGAGAGAAAAACGCCAUCGAGAGGUUACAGAAAUCACAGGAGACAGAGGAAAAGGAGAUUUAUGCUCAAAGACAAGCCCUGCUGAAAGAAAUCGAAUCUGUGCGGAGCCGAGAGAUUGAGCUUAAACAGAGGAUGGAGGCCUUUGACAAAACCUGUAAGCUGCAUGAGGAGAAGGUAAAGACCAUGGAUGAUCUUCUGAGGAGGAGAGAGCUGUCUGUGAAGACCAUGGAAGACACGUUUGACCAGAAACUGAAGAGCGAGUUAGUGAAAUAUCAGCUGGAGCUGAAGGAGGAUUACGCGAAGAGAACCGAGAAACUGACAGAAAAUGAGAAAAGGAUUAAAGAAGAAACGGUUCGUCUGCAGAAAGAAUCCGCUGUUAUUGAUGCAAAAGCAGAAGAGCAUGAGAGAAGUUUAUCAGAAGUUAAACGUCUGCUGAUGGAGCUGGAGUCGUCCAGAUCGCAGGCGUCUCUUCUGGCCCAACAGAACGAGCUGCUGCGAGAGAGACUGGAGAACAUGAGCGACUAUCCAGCGCUGAAGAGAGACACUCAGGAGCUGCAGACGCACAUCAGACUGCUGAAACAACAGCUGGAGGAGCAACACGAGGAACAAGCUGGAGACGAGAGAGAGGAUGCAGAGGCUCAUGUGACAUUAACGAGCGCAGCGAUUGGAGGAGGAGCUGAUGAGGCCAAUCCUCUUCACAAGUACAUGAUGAUGCUCAUGCAGGACAAACAGGAGGAGCAGAGCCCAAAUCAAGAGGCGUCGGAGAAGCAAAGUCAAGAGGAGGUUCUUCAGUCUGAGAAUAAUGACCGCAGCGCUGAUCUGAUGUCCCGCGAGGAACCAGACGACGACUUCUGGUGAAAAACAACAAGCCCCUCAUUCAACCGCUGGAUGAUCUUCACGGUUUAGAGAUAAAGCUUUGCAUAUUAGCUGUAUAAUGUAGGGUUUUUUUCUAAUUCACAAAUGAUUUGUGUGAAUGAGUGUUUUUAUUGACUUUAAGGCUGACUUGAAUAAAUGUUGUAUCUUUUGUUAAUGUUCUGCUUUUGUGUUUCAUUCACAAGAGCUGUUCAAUCACAGCAUGACUGAGAACAUUGUAAUUACACAAAUGCUGAAAAUAAUGACUCACGAUUACAGAAGCUGUUCAUUGUUUUGAAAGAAAACUCACUGAGACUCAGAAAGUCUUUUAUUCUGUUGUAUUUCUGUAUAAAAUACAAUCGCUGGUUUGAAGGCCAUCAACUCGUCAGUUUUGGGCAGUUUUUCGUGUUCACAAUCCACCAGAACAGAGUGAAUCCCAGGAUUGAAGCGAUCGACCUCACUGGUGAAUAUUACCAGAGUUUAAAGCGUUCAAAAAAACAUGCAUAAUACAUGAAAACAUUUUGGGAAAUUAUUUUUAAAAAUCAUGCAAAUCUUGGAGCUCAUAAAGUGUAUUAUAUAAACAGUUGGGCAGAAUUUUUUUUUCUUUAUUUUUCUUUUACAUUUCAAAAUAGCUGUAAACACUAAGGGAAUCCCCUAAAAUGAAUUAAAAAUAUUGGCAGACUAUAAGGUUAAAAAGACAGUAUAUGUGAAUUACAUUAACAGCAAUGAACACAUUACAUGGACUAAACAAACUCUAAGAAAACAACGCAUAUUAUAACGUUCAAAUCUGCCUACAACAGGUCAAUACAGUAUGACCAGAUUCGGUCCGAUGAAUGAAUAACAAAAAUAGUGUGAAAAAAGAGCCUUUUUGUCAGUAUUUACAAAUGCACAUUUUGUUACUGUUGCUGUAUCCCUCCCAAAAAACAUUGAAAAAAAUUUUUUUUUUUUUGCUGUUCAGAGUUCACAUUCACACUGAUGCAAUUCGAAUGCACUAUUAAGAAAUAAAAUAAAAAAAACAAAAAUCAAAUAAGAAAAAAAGAAAAUAAAAGCUGAGCAGCUGCGGUGUUAUACUUUACAGAAUUUGGUACAAACAAAAUUGGGUAAAACCCUCCAAAUCUCAUUACUUUCAUACAAACAAGUAUAAAGUAUUUAUACAAUCAUGGUUUGAUUUAUUGUUAAAAAUGAUUGUAUUUCAAUUACAAUUUAAUGAGAACUACAAAACCACCCUUCCAUAAGCAUGAAAUGAAUGUGCAUUUGGAGGCUUCAUGUUUUGUCAUUCUUCAUUCAUGCAUGUUUGUUGGUAAUAGUUCUGGGCUAGAUCUGUGGAGUUAAUAACUGGUAAUGUGAGGUAGUGUGAAAACCUGCUCAUCAUGAGCGCUUCUGACCUGCAGACAAACACCAUCAGCAUUCCUGCAGUAGCCCACGAUGCAAUGUGCUCAACCCACGGCCACACGUCAAGACAUUUGGACACAAAACAGAAUUUAAAAAUACAAUUUAAAAAAA